AUGCCUAUCGCUACUCCUAUUUCCAACGGCUAUGUAAAGGGCGUCAAGCCCUCCGUCAAGCUCAAUGGCCAUGCCAACGGUACCUCUGCUAACGGUCAUGGUCAUCAAGGUGUUGCAUUCACCGAAGCUCGACUUGCCAAACCUCCGAGUAAGCUACUUCAGCUAUAUGAGAAUCUCCCUGCGGUCGAAAGGGAGAAGAGGCAAUUCGACAAUUUCCUGCAAAUCGACCUGGCUCAUCUGGUAAUGCUCACCGAACAAAACAUCAUCCCUAAAUCUAUAUCCCGCCAACUACUCCCCAUCUUGCUUGAUAUGCGAUCCGGUGGUGCCGACGCUAUCACUUUAGAUAUGGAUAAAGGUACUUUACUCUUACAAAUCGAAGCUGUGUUAGCAGAAAAAUUGGGUGAAGAUGUCGCUGGUAUGUUACAUACUGCAAGAAGUAGGAUUGAUCAAGGUACAACUGCAAGAAGAUUGUAUAAACGUGACAAAUUACUCGAUGUUUUGUCGAAAUUGGUCGAAUUACAAAGUGUUUUGAUCAAAGUUGCAACGAGACAUGCGACUACAAUUACACCAACUUAUACCCAUCUUCAACAUUCACAACCUGGUACAUUUGGUCAUUAUCUGUCAUCAUAUGUUGUCAGAUUUCAUGAUGAUUUUGAUAGAUGUAAAGAUGCUCUUCGACGAGCGAAUAAAAACCCUCUAGGUGGAGUUGGAUUAUCGGGUACAUCAUGGCCUAUCAAUCGCGAUCGAACAUCUGAAUUAUUGGGUUUUGAUGGUAUAAUCUAUCAUUCAAAGCUAUCAAGAGAAGCUUAUUAUGCUGCAGAGAUAGCUUCUUCGCUAUCAUUCAUCAUGGCAACACUCAAUGAUCUUGCAACGGAUUUACAUCUUUUCUCCUCCGUAGAGUUUGGUUUGGUUGAAUUAGACGAUUCGUUCUGCAGUACAAGUAGUAUUUUUCCCCAGAAGAAGAAUCCGGUCACACUGGAAGCCAUCAAAGGGAAUGCUGGACCCGCGGUGAAUUGGGGCUCUUCAGCUUUGGCUACUUUUAGAGGUGAAGGCACAGGUGAUCAAGGUAUGAGAUCAGUCCCUCAACUGGAUUCGGCAUUCGUCACUACUUCCAAUAUGCUCGAAUUGAUGACUGGGAUUAUCGAUACACUCCACGUCAAGUCCGAUCGGAUGAAACAACUAUUAUCAACAAGUUGGUGUACCUCAAGUAAUCUUGCUGAUAUAUUAGUGAGAAACAACAAACUGUCUUUCAGACAAGCUCACCAUGUCGUAGCUAGAUUGGUGAGAAUAUGCGAAUUGGAAAGUAUACCUAGAUCGCAAGUAGUUGGUGAAAACCUUGAAAGGGCAGGUCAAGAAACCUUGGGUCAUCCGGUCACCAUGUCAGAUAUCGAAUUAAGGGCCUCACUUGAUCCUGAAGAAUUCGUGAAGACUAGAAUUAGUGCAGGUAGUGUAAGUCCUGAAGAAGUCUACAAAAUCUUGGCUCUCACUACCGAUGAACUUGCCGAGGACAAAUCAUGGUUAGACGCUAAGAAGACACAAGUGGAAAAUGCCGAGGUGAAAAUGAGGAAGGCUAUUGAGGCAAUCAUGAUUUGA